GGAGAAGACAACAGACGGCAGGAGACGAAGGCUGACACACAAACCAAACCAGAAAAAUGGCCAAUUUUUCAGGCACCUGGAAAAUGAAAAGCAGCGAGAACUUCGACGAGUUGCUCAAAGCACUGGGUGUGAAUGCCAUGCUGAGGAAAGUAGCAGUGGCGGCUGCAUCCAAGCCCCAUGUGGAGAUAAAGCAGAAUGGUGAGCACUUUUACAUCAUCACUUCUACCACAGUCCGCACCACGGAGAUCAGCUUUCACAUUGGCGAGGAGUUUAACGAGGAGACGGUGGACGGCAGAAAGUGUAAGAGCUUGGCCACUUGGGAAACAGAAAACAAGAUUUACUGCAAACAGACUCUACUGAGUGGGAGCGGCCCCAAGACCUUCUGGAGCCGAGAGCUCAGAGGGGACGAACUCAUACUGAUCUUCGGAGCAGACGACGUGGUGUGCACACGGAUCUAUGUACGAGCUUAGUAGCAGCCCGAGUCCUCCAGAUGUGUCAGUGUCUCUGACAGUGUGAGAAAUUUCACACAACCAACAUCUCAAAGAAUCUUUUUUGACAAGCAGUGUUUUGGAUACUCAUGAAAAUAUCAGUCCCAGCUCGAUAUUAAUGCUGUUACCCUUUUUGUGUAUAAUUUUUGUUGCACAAACAAAAAAAAAACAAACAAUCAAAAUAAGAUUUCUGGUGUUGUGAGCUAUACGUAUUUCAUUCCAUAUGUGCUUUAGAUCCUUAGGCAGUAUUAUAAAGGUGUAGUAAACAAAAGCAGCAGCAGUAGUCUGCACAUAUGACCUGAUGAACGUGCUGGUCAAAACAUCCCCAUAAUAACAUUUUCAGGGAAAUAUUCAGUGAAGACCUGGAUCAUGAUCAGGGUUUCUGCAGGGCUCAUCAGGAUAAAGAUAAGACAUUAAAGACAUUUUUAAUUCCACGCCCAAAACAGUGUAAUAUCUGAUUCAUGUAGAAGUCAUUAAUCAAUUAAUCAACAUUAGAAACAUACAAAGU